GAUAUAUCGUCAUUAUCAUAGGUGCGUUAGCAGCGAAUACUAGUGAAUAUUAACACCCGCAAAUUUAACUGACGCGUCACACUUUGAUGACGAUGACCCGUGCACUGGGCGGCUGCAGUAGUUUGUGGGCAAUGUCGACGAUGCUAAUGGCGGUGGGGCUACUGGCGUCGCCGGUGGAGUGCGCGCGCGCCUUCUUCGUGUUCGGCGACUCGCUGGUGGACAACGGCAACAACAACUACCUGAUGACGAGCGCGCGCGCCGACUCGCCGCCCUACGGGAUCGACUUCCCCACGCACCGCGCCACCGGCCGCUUCUCCAACGGCCUCAACAUCCCGGACAUCAUCAGUGAGCACCUGGGCGCGGAGCCGACGCUGCCGUACCUGUGCCCGGAGCUCCACGGCGCCAAGCUGCUGGUGGGCGCCAACUUCGCGUCGGCCGGCGUCGGCAUCCUCAACGACACCGGCAUCCAGUUCGUGAACAUCGUGAGGAUGAGCCGGCAGCUGCACUACUUCCGUGAGUACCAGGCGAAGCUGCGCGCGCUGGUGGGCGCCGCCCAGGCCACGCAGGUCGUCAACCGGGCGCUCGUGCUCAUCACCCUCGGCGGCAACGACUUCGUCAACAACUACUACCUCAUCCCCUUCUCCCUCCGCUCCCGCCAGUACGCCCUCCCCGACUACGUCCGCCUCCUCAUCUCCGAGUACAAGAAAAUCCUCGUGAAUCUGUACGAGAUGGGGGCUCGGCGCGUGUUGGUGACGGGGACGGGGCCGCUGGGGUGCGCGCCGGCGGAAUUGGCGCUGCGGAGCCGGGACGGGGAGUGCGACAAGGACCUGAUGCGCGCCGCGGGGCUCUUCAACCCGCAGCUGUCGGACGUGCUGGGCGAGCUCAACGGGCGAUACGGGGACGGCACCUUCAUCGCCGCAAACGCCAUGAAGGUGCACUUCGACUUCAUCAGCGACCCGGCCGCGUACGGCUUCAGGACGGCCAAGGAGGCAUGCUGCGGGCAGGGCCCCCACAACGGGCUGGGCCUCUGCACCGUGGCGUCCAACAUGUGCGCCAACAGGGACGAGUACGUCUUCUGGGACUCGUACCACCCCACGGAGCGCGCCAAUAGGAUCAUUGUGAGCCAGUUCAUGACCGGCUCGCUUGACUACGUCUCCCCACUCAACCUCAGCACCGUGCUCCACAUGGACGCCGCCAAGCUGCUCGACUGAUCCAGCCAGACAGCAGGGCAGAGCAGAGCUGCCUAGCUUAAUUACCUACUUGCAGCUAAAUGUCAUGUACUACGGAGUAUAAGUGUACGUGUGUUCGUGUUUAAUUUAUCGAUAGCUUUGUACGUGAUGUACUGUAUGGCAUGUGCUCUACUGUUCUCCGUUUUGGCUUUUGAAUGUCGGCGGUGUCGUGUUUUGCUAGUUGGAGAACUAUCAAUCAAUAACUUGUGUAAGGCAGUUUGGACGGAGUUGCAGUGUGUGUUGCCACGGCCGCGGCCAACCGCAGCUUUUGCUUGCUUU